AUGAAGGGAAACAGCAGACACCUCAAUGAUGAAGAGGGUGUCAGUGGAUGUGAGGACUGUGUUAUCAUCAAUGGGACCUGCAGGGACCAGUCCUCAGAUGCCAAGAAUGUCCCCUUGACCCAAGUCUUGGAGGCACUCUGCACAGUGGAGAACGGCGGCUGCAGAGCACGCUCACGGCGGUCCAAGAGGAGGGUCUCCAACACGGUUACUUCCAUUCAGGACCUGACAGGAGAUGGAGAUGAAGGUAGAGAUGGUGAGGUGGAGGACAGCAGUGGCUCUGGCACUCUGGUGAUGCCCAGGUUUUUCUGGGAGACCAGGACAACCUCUAAAACCCCAGCAUCUUCGAGUUGGCAAGCAACCACUUCAGCAAGCACACCGUGGCGGCCUCCUACCAGCCCUUACCCCACCAUUGACCUCACAGAUGAAGAAGUGAUACCCCAGAGCAUCAGUACCCCACUGGUUGACUUGAGCCAGGACAGCCAUCAUGAGGGCAUGGGUACCACACAGGUGGAUGUGGGAAGCAGAGAUGGAAACACCACCAAAUAUCAGGAUGAGAAGGAGUUUGGAAUAGGUGACUUCAGGUGGGAAAAGGCCGAGGGCCUGUCAUGGUUGUCCUGGAAAGCCACCUCCCCGUGCCACGCCAUGCUUGGCAUACAGUGGGGACAGUGGUUUGGGGAUGGCAAGUUUUCUGAGGUCUCUGCUGAUAAACUGGUGGCCCGACUGACUAUUCAUUAUAACCUGGACCCCUUCAAUAAGCUGUUUUCUAUGGUUUCUUACGGGAAGGUCAUAUACCACACGGAGAGAGCCAGGGUGCGAGCUGGCAAGACCUUCCCCAGCAGCCCUGGAGACUCACUGGAGGACAAGCUGAAGCCCAUGCUGGAGUGGGCCCACGGGGGCUUCAAGCCCACUGGCAUCGAGGGCCUCAAACCGAAUAACGAGCAACCAGAGAACAAAAGUCGAAGACGCACAACCAACGACCCUGCUGCUUCUGAAUCCUAUCCCCCACCCAAGCGCCUCAAGACAAAUAGCUAUGGUGGGAAAGACCGAAGAGAGGAUGAUGAGAGCCGAGAACGCAUGGCUUCUGAUGUCACCAACAACAAGGGCAAUCUGGAAGACUGCUGCUUGUCCUGCGGUAAGAAGAACCCUGUAUCCUUCCACCCCCUCUUUGAGGGUGGGCUCUGUCAGAGUUGCCGGGAUCGCUUCCUGGAGCUCUUCUACAUGUAUGACGAGGACGGCUAUCAGUCCUACUGCACUGUGUGCUGCGAGGGCCGUGAGCUACUUCUGUGCAGCAACACGAGCUGCUGCAGGUGCUUCUGUGUGGAGUGUCUGGAGGUGCUGGUGGGUACAGGGACAGCUGAGGAUGCCAAGCUGCAGGAACCCUGGAGCUGCUAUAUGUGCCUCCCACAGCGCUGCCAUGGGGUCCUCAGGCGCAGGAAGGAUUGGAACAUGCGCCUGCAAGACUUCUUCACUUCUGAUCCUGACCUCGAAGAAUUCGAGCCACCCAAGUUGUACCCAGCAAUUCCUGCAGCCAGGAGGAGGCCCAUUAGAGUCCUGUCCCUGUUUGAUGGAAUUGCGACAGGGUACUUGGUGCUCAAAGAGCUGGGUAUCAAAGUGGAAAAGUACGUUGCCUCCGAAGUGUGUUCAGAGUCAAUCGCUGUGGGAACUGUUAAGCACGAAGGCCAAAUCAAAUACGUGAACGACGUCAGGAACAUCACAAAGAAAAAUAUUGAUGAGUGGGGCCCAUUCGACUUGGUGAUUGGUGGAAGCCCUUGCAAUGAUCUCUCCUGUGUGAAUCCUGUCAGGAAAGGUUUGUAUGAGGGCACUGGCCGACUCUUCUUUGAGUUUUAUCGAUUGCUAAAUUACUCACGUCCUGAGGAGUGUGACAACCGUCCAUUCUUCUGGAUGUUUGAGAAUGUGGUAGCCAUGGAGGUCGGUGACAAGAGGGACAUCUCACGAUUCCUGGAGUGUAAUCCAGUGAUGAUUGAUGCCAUCAAGGUUUCUGCUGCCCACAGGGCCCGGUAUUUCUGGGGCAACCUGCCUGGGAUGAACAGGAUCUUCGGUUUUCCUGCACACUACACAGAUGUGUCCAACAUGGGCCGUGGCGCCCGCCAGAAGCUGCUGGGAAAGUCCUGGAGUGUGCCGGUCAUCAGACACCUCUUUGCCCCCCUGAAGGACUACUUUGCGUGUGAAUAGUUCUACUCAGAACUGGGGAGCUUUGGGGUCUUGGAGUUAAUGCCAGUCAUUAGGAGUACUGAUCCUUGAAGCACCCUGACUCUGCCCUUCCUUAGCUCACCUGUUUGGGGCCUCAAUAUAUACUCGGCUCUCAUCUGCUCAGUGGUAGCAAAGCCUCCUGGCCCUACAGGGGACCCUCCUGUGCACAGCUCAGAUCUGGCAUCUUAUAGUGGUCCAACAUGGUUCUCAUGUUUUCCAAGUUUAGAACUUUAAAGCCAAGCCAGCCAGUGGUGCUUUUAAUCCCAGCUUUUGGGAGGCCAGAGGCAGACAGAUCUCUGUGAGUUCGAGGCCAGCCUGAUCUACAGAGCAAGUUCCAAGAGAAACCCUGUAUUGAAAAACCAAAACCAAAAAACCAGAGUCAACAAGGGAGAAACUGCUUUGUUUCAACAGCUUUUUGGUGGUUUUUAGGCUGAAAGAUGACAGGUGCAUAGGGUUUGCCCUUUUGUUUAAUUAAAAUCAAUAUUU